UCACUGUCUCAGUCAUCUGUCACAGCCUUAUUAAUCAUUCGGCUCCGGCACGAGGGGGCGAUUUUCAAUUUAUUUUAUUUAGCUAUAAAUAAAUACCGACAUAAUGGUUGAAGCACAAAAAUAUAGAAUAGAGCAAGAAAUGACUAAUCUAGUCAAUGAGUUGGAUAAGAGUUAUUUGAGAAAAAUGCAAGGUGACAUGCACCGGUGUGCGGCCAGGUGCUGCGAUGAUCAGCAGUCCUCACUGGAGAGAGUGCACGGCUGCAUUGAGAACUGCACUAGUCCACUGAACCAGGCUAAUAACUAUGUACAGGGAGAAAUCAAUCAUCUUCAGAAUAGACUCCAGCGAUGUGUGAUGGACUGCAACGACUCAGCUAGGGACAGGCUGGGAGCUGACCCGAGUCAAGAAAUUAUUGACAAGUGCACAAUAGAUUUCGAGAAAUGUGCAGUGAAGUGUGUGGACAAACACAUGACUCUCAUUCCUACCAUGAUGAAAACUAUGAAGAAAGUACUUGCUAGUGGGAAGCCCCCGCCAGCGAAGAAUGAAUGAAGAAGAACUAUAAAUUGAUACUGGCAGCUUCAUUGCUUUCAAAAUAGGGGGAAGAUGACAUAAUUAUCUUUUAAAAUAUACAUUCUAAUGUCUGUUACGAUUGAUUAAAUCAGUGGGGCGAUUUUGAUGAAAUUUUGAAUAGAUAUAGACUCAUUAACUAUAUCUAUAUGGUACAGAUAGUUAAAAAUAAUUCUUGAAGCUUUCAAACAUUAUUCCGCUGGGAUGCCGCAGGCAUCUAAACUGACACACCAAAGGUAUAAAACCCCACAUUAUGUGUGGAGAUUUAUGAUUUUUUUUUAAAAAGGUGCAUUUUUUGAGUAAUUUUAGAACGAUGACAUCACACAAAAGUUGUAAACAAAGUAAUGAUCCUAGAAACUUCCGUUUCUACCUUUGUUGGUAUGAACGAACCCCUAAACAAUCAAGAAAGUCAACAACUAAAUUGUAGACAAAGAAAAUUGUUUCGCUCACACAAAUAAGAGAAACGUGUAAAGGAAACGGGACAGUGCUAAUAUAUUUCGUCCCGUGUCACAGGUUUUGGAUUGACGGAUUACCCGCUUUGUAUGAGAUAGGCUGGGAAAUUGUAUGGCAGUGUUGCCAGCUCGUUCUCUUUAAUUUCUUUCUCUUUGAAAUAAAUCGGUUAUGUAAAACACAGCUGCUAGUAUAACUUUAAACGUGCCACUUAGAAUUUAAAUGUAGGUAUAGUAGUUUUAACUUUGUUAGUGUAUGUAUAUUUUGUAAAAAGUGGACGAAGUGGUUAUUAAAAUUAGCACAUUAACAAAAUAUGGGGCGUCCUUAAGUGUAGAAAGUUGAUUUUCAUCGAACAAAUUUUUUUUAUUAUUGCAACACUAAAUCUAACGAUUAUGAUUGGUCGAAGACAGCGCCCUCAUUUGUUUUCUAAUCUUUUUGGAUGCAUUGUAACUUUUUACAUAUUUUAUGUGUGUAUAUUUGGAAUGAUGGGUUAUACUGACAUAUUAUAUUCGGAUAAAAACUGUUGUAUGAAGAAUUUUUUUCUUGUAUUAUUACAAUGUGUACAAGAAUAAAAUUUUGAUUUUGAUGAGGGCGCCACUGUUGUUUCUAAUUGCCGACCAAACAAUGUUCGUUAUUAUUUAAGUAGUUAUAUUUUUUUAGUUUUGGAAAUUUAAAAAUACGCUAUUAUUAAAACUAACUUUUAAUACACUGUAAUAAUUAUAAUGUUUUGUUGACUGAAAUAUAAUGGCAUUUACAGUUGUUGAAUUUA